AUGACAACAGGGUCAGGGGGUGCGGGGAGUGAUAUGGGGCAGCUCUGGAGUGUGGGACCUGAAUACAGGUCCACUCCACCUCUCCCCCACCAGGUGGGCCCCUCUGGAGAGUGGAGGUGCACAAACAGGAAAUCUCCCACCCUCGGGGCUCCACCCCCUGAAAGCCCCCCUGUGGCCCCAGCAGAGAGCCCGCAGCCAGCAGGAAUGGCCCCCGGGACCCCGAGGCCCCACUCCCAGAGGUACUCUUUUGCUAAACAUCAGAGAAUCCACACUGGAGAGAAACCUUAUGAAUGUAAGCACUGUGGAAAGGCUUUUAAAUGGAAGGAGUCUUUGGUUGCACAUCAGAGCAUCCACACUAGAGAGAAACCUUAUGAAUAUACACAAUGUGGAAAGGCUUUUACAGAGAGGGGAUCUCUUGCUAUACAUCAGAGAAUCCACACUGGAGAGAAACCUUAUGAAUGUAAACUCUGUGGAAAGGUUUUCACACUGAGGGGCUCUCUUGCUGCACAUCAGAGAAUUCACACUGGAGAGAAACCUUAUGAAUGUAAACAGUGUGGAAAGUCUUUCACACAGAGGAUCAAUCUUACUGCACAUCAGAACAUCCACCCUGGAGAGAAACCUUAUGAAUGUAAACAGUGUGGAAAGGCUUUUACAUUUAGGAGAUCUCUUACUAGGCAUCAGAGCAUCCACACUGGAGAGAAACCUUAUGAAUGUGAACACUGCGGAAAGGCUUAUACAUGUAAGGAAUCUCUUUCCAAACAUCAGGCAAUCCACCAUGGAGUAAAGCCUUAUUGUGUGGGAUAA